AAAACUAUAUAUUCAUUUUGCUAUUAUUAUAAUUUUCACUAGAUUAUUACAAUGUCUUGCCUCAAAGAAGAACGAAAGCCUAUACAGCCAAUUAAAACACUAGAUGUAAUUUUCAGACGCCGAUAUGUACCAAACACCCAACACUAUUUUACCAAUCGUAUAAGAGCAGUUCAAAAAGAACAGAAGACCAAAAAGCCAACACAACCUUUCCGUGUACCCAGGUCUGAAAAAUUACUUUCCUAUAUAAAAUAUAGCGAUCGAAAUGAAAAGGUUAUAUCGAAACGUCGCUUGUCCCAGCCAUUACACUUAAAGGAUAACUUGAGGAUAGCUGCAACUAGAGACAUUUCUGAGAGACUUUUCAUCGAAGAACCACCUGAUACCGUUGAAACUGUAGUUAAAAUACACCCAGAAUUUUAUUCCGUCAUAGAAGGGCGGCCUUUACGAUGCUUUGAUGAUAUAAAAGUGUACGUUAAUAAUAUUCGUAAUUAUGCAAUGAAUCGUCAACAAAUAGGGUAUCGGCGUGAUUUGAUUAUGAAAAUACAAAGAAAUUUGGUCGAAGAGUCUAAAGAUUACGAUAAAAUUGUAUUAAAAUUAAAACAGCAUGUCAAAGAUUUUCAAAAGUUCUUAACUGAAGAUUAUAAAAAAGCAUGCCUAAAAGUAUCAAAAGCUGAAAAAGUUUACAAUGAAUUGGUUGCUAAAAACUCAGAAUUACUCGGAUAUAUUUCAAAAUUAACAAUUUUAAAUAAUAUUCUAUUCAAACUUGAUGCAAUAAGAAGUGUACUAAAGACAUAUAGAAGUUAUUUAAUAUUCGUUUCACCUUUAUCGUGGAGACAACAAUAUGAUGAAACUUUGCGAGACAGAAUUCAGUCUAUCCAGUUUGAAUCUGGAGAAUUUGCAACGGACAAUGACUUAGUAGAAACAAUGGAUAUUGACAAAAUGAUUGAAUUUGCUAAGCAAGAGUUGCAAAAUCCAUUUCCCGCUCAUAUGUAUUUCACUAACCCCCAACAAAUGUUGUAUCUAUUUAGAAUAAUGGAAUUACAAAGUAGAGAAUAUUUGAUACAACUUUCCAAAACGGAUGCUCCUUUUAGAAUCUUACAAGAUCGUAUUAAACAAUUAAAACAAGUUACUAAGCAGGAACUAGAUCAUUUCCAAUAUUAUAUUGACAGUAUUAACAUUGAAAUAGCUAGAGAAGCAUAUAACGAAAAUUAUUUAAAAGAGAAGUUUUUUCGUAUCUUGAAUACCACAUUUUACGACAGUGUUGCUAGUCCGGAUACUUUGAAAUUGAAAAUUUGUAUAGAAUAUGUUUACGAACAAAUUUUUGGAAAAUGUGAGGAAGGCCAUCAAAGUUUACAAGACCCAAUGAAAAUAUUAGAAGUAUUGUAUGAAGAUUACAACUUGCGCUUGGAUUCGUUAGACUUUAAAAUUGUUAACCAGGCUCGUAAUGACUUUUUUGCUCAAGAUUUAAAAAUGAUGAAGAAUGCGUAUGCAGCGCAGCGUGAAUUAAGAUCUUUUCGAGAAAUGACAAACGCUAUGAACAAAGCUUUUUACCCACCAGCAAAAUUUACUCGUCCGGUCUUAAAAAAAUUUUUAGAUAAAAAGAGUAAACUAGCACUUGAACUUGAAGAAAGGAAGAAAUCUGAAGUGAAAACUGAUGGGCGACCGAAAGAUACAGUAUACAAAGUAAGUCCUGAAGAAAAGGAAGGUUUGCUGUUAUUUACUAAUUGGUGUGAAGGCACUGAUCCAACAGUAUAUUUAGAACAGUACUAUAAAUAUGUAAAACCAGCAUUUGAAUGGGUACCUCGUAAGUCUACGGUAUUGCCAACUGACGUUGAAGAUGCCUAAUAUGUCUAUGGUUUUUUAACGUUUGUAGUUAUGACUGUAAUAAUAUAUAGUGAAAUAUAUGAUUGCUGAUUAUGUAGACUAGAUAAAAUCUA